GCCGCCCCUGCCUCCGCCGCCGGCCCGCCAUGGCGCUCGUCACCCUCCAGCGCUCGCCCACCCCCAGCGCCGCCUCCUCCUCGGCCAGCACCAGCGAGCUGGAGGUUGGCAGCGAUGAAGAACGGAAACUGAACCUGAACCUGAGUGAAAGCUUUUUUAUGGUGAAAGGUGCGGCAUUAUUUCUUCAGCAAGGCAACAGCCCGCAAGGUCCACGGAGUCUCCCUCAUCCUCACAAACAUGCAGGUGACUUGCCACAGCACCUCCAGGUGAUGAUCAACCUCCUCCGAUGCGAGGAUCGAAUCAAACUGGCUGUGCGUUUAGAAAGCGCCUGGGCAGACCGAGUGAGGUACAUGGUGGUCGUCUAUAGCAGUGGGCGCCAAGAUACGGAGGAGAACAUCCUGCUGGGAGUGGAUUUUUCCAGCAAAGAGAGCAAAAGCUGUACCAUAGGGAUGGUUUUGCGCCUGUGGAGCGACACGAAGAUGCAUCUGGAUGGUGAUGGCGGAUUUAGUGUCAGCACCGCAGGGAGGAUGCAUGUCUUCAAGCCAGUUUCUGUGCAAGCCAUGUGGUCUGCCCUGCAGGUCCUCCACAAGGCUUGUGAGGUUGCUCGGCGGUACAACUACUUCCCAGGCGGGAUGGCACUUGUCUGGGCCACCUACUAUGAGAGCUGCAUCGCCUCCGAGCAGAGCUGCGUCAAUGAGUGGAAUGCCAUGCAAGACCUGGAAUCCACGCGCCCGGACUCGCCAGCUUUAUACGUGGACAAGCCAACAGAGAGAGAGCGGGCCGAGUGCCUCAUCAAGGCCAAACUCCGGAGUAUCAUGAUGAGCAAAGAUCUGGAGAAUGUGACCUCUAAAGAAAUACGGAAUGAGCUGGAGAAGCAGAUGAGCUGUAAUCUGAAAGAAUUCAAGGAAUUUAUUGACAACGAGAUGCUGCUUAUCUUAGGACAGAUGGAUAAACCCUCCCUCAUUUUCGAUCAUCUGUACCUGGGUUCUGAAUGGAAUGCAUCUAACUUGGAGGAACUCCAGGGCUCUGGGGUUGACUACAUCUUAAAUGUCACCAGAGAGAUCGAUAACUUUUUCCCCGGCUUGUUUGCAUACCACAACAUAAGAGUCUACGAUGAAGAGACGACAGACCUCCUUGCCCACUGGAAUGAGGCGUAUCAUUUCAUAAAUAAAGCCAAGAAAAAUCACUCCAAAUGUCUGGUCCAUUGCAAAAUGGGUGUAAGUCGCUCAGCCUCGACGGUCAUAGCCUAUGCCAUGAAGGAGUUUGGUUGGUCCUUGGAAAAAGCCUAUAACUACGUGAAGCAGAAGCGCAGCAUCGCUAGGCCAAACGCAGGUUUCAUGAGGCAGCUCUUGGAAUAUGAAGGCAUUCUGGAUGCCAGUAAGCAGCGUCACAACAAGCUGUGGAAACAGCAGUCAGAGAACCGCCUCACCCAGAACUCAGAUGGCUCCAGCGGCCCCAAUGCCUUCCUGCUGGAGAAUCUCGAGGUCGACCUUGACCCUCCUUGCCAGCCUGCCUCUGCAGACCCAAGAGCAAGCCAGGAAGCUGUGGGCUUCCAUUACUGCUUCCGGCGCCUCUCCGACUCUCUGCCUGGCAACAGGGAAUCGUUUUUCCAGGGAGAAGAUCCGGAGAGGGAUGUGCUUCUGGAGGAGGCUGAUGUGGCUGCAGACCUCCCCUUUCCGGACUUCUCGAACAAGGCUGCUGUGGAAAGAUGGAAGGGCAAGGAGAGGGCAGAGGUCUCCGGCCUCAGAGAGAAACCAGCCAAAAAGAAAUCUGAGAUCAGCCUCCUGAAAGACGUUGCCAUGCCCAGUCUGGCUGUUCCAGAGGAGGAGGGCUCCCGAGAGGAGAAACCCAUUGAGAGGUGGAAACGCCGCUCCUCUAUGCAGGAGGAGGAGAGCAGGCUGAACUGCGAGAACCUGAAUAACAACAACAGCAAGAGGAGCUGCCCUGAGGAUUUUGAGCAUGAUGCCAUCUUUGGAAUCCUCAACAAAGUGAAACCAUCCUACAAAUCUUGUGCCAGCUGCAUGUAUUCCUCAGCCAGCACCUCUGCAGAAACCUUUGGGGAAUCACGCGAGAACCUGCAUCCCGUUCCUCCAUGCCACAAUUCCACAGUCUGCACACAGCCUUCAUUCCUCUCACAUGGGACGCCUGCAUUUUUAGAGCAGGCGCUGUGCAAGCCGCCACCUAUGGAAACCCACGGGGCUCAAAACAAUGCCUUGCCUUCCGUGCUGGUAGAGAGUAACUUGCAGGACGGUGAAAGCAGUAAGCCUGUAGCCAGCUGGACGUUUGAUGGUCUAGAGAAGGCCAAAGAGGCAUCAAAACCACCAGCUGGGGCCUUGCUUAGCCAGAGAAAUUCUUUCUGUGACAGGAAUGCCCUCGUCAGCGAAGUGCUGAAAGUGGACUCUUCUCCGAGAAAAGAGGUCAGACAGACAAAGGACCUGAAGUACUUGCUCUUCAGUAAAGAUUUAGAAAAACCAACUAGCAACAGUUACUUGAUGCAGCACCAGGAGUCGCUGCUUCAGCUGCAGAAAGCCGGCUUGGUUCGGAAACAUACCAAAGAACUGGAGCGCCUGAAGAGUCUGCCCUUGGACACCGCAGGGCCGGCGAGGGACGUUCCUGGAGACCCGGCUGGUACUUCCAUACCCGAGGAGACCCCCGACUUAGUGGCUCGGGAAGGUCAGCUACCCCUUCGGGAGCCACCUCCUGCAGUACCUGAAGACACAGAAAAUAAUCCUGAGAAGCUACAGAAAACCCUCCCCGUCGGAGGGGUGUCACAAAAAACCUCCACACCCAUUCUCUGCAGAGCUGAACACAUGAGCAGUUUCACAAAAGACUUUCUGAAGACCAUUUGCUAUACGCCGUCCUCUUCUAGGAGUUCCAACCUGACACGGAGUUCCAGCAGUGACAGCAUCCACAGCGUGCGAGGGAAGCCUGGCCUGGUUAAACAGCGAACCCAGGAAAUAGAAACCAGGCUGCGGCUGGCUGGCUUGACUGUCUCAUCUCCUUUGAAGCGCUCGAACUCUCUUGCCAAGCUGGGGAGUCUGAACUUGUCCUCGGAGGACUUAACGAACGAUGUGGACCUGUCUGCCUUGGCAGACUUGAAAGGGGCCAGGUUGAGUGAAACGGCAGCACUCUGUGACUUUCGAGCCACUAUGAAGAAUACAGAAGCGGGCACCAAACUGUUGGUGAAAUCCACCGUGGGGAAGUUGAAGAGCCCUCUUUGGGAAGGGAAAAGUUGACAUACUUGGAAUUGUUUUAAAGCCUUGUGACUUCUGUAUUAGUCUGUAUUAAAUGCAUUUUUAUCAUCUUAAGAAAAAGCUCAACAGCUUUGUUCCCCCCUCUCGGUGGUACCUGUUAGCAGAGGGCUGGAAAGGGGGGAAAUCUCUGACAAGGGUGAACAGCCCAAAGGAAAGGCUUGGAGGGUGAUUUUGUGUGUUAAUGUGGCCUCCUGUGUGUCCAGAGCAGGGGGAUCUAUCCAUAGAUGCUGAAAUCUGCUUGUUCAAAAGAACUGCAGAGGCUUCGUGGCCACACAUGCCUGGCCUUUGUGAGGCAAUGUAAAAUGCUACCUCCAUUCUUUAAGUAUUUAUAUGUAGAUAGAUGGGGUUCCUUUUUAAAAUCUUGCUCCGAAAUGGAUAACUUUUUAAAAUUGUCCUCUGACAGCCGUGCUUGGAAUUACCAUCUGUUAGCCCCCCAAAUUACUGAGGCUUACCUGCAGUGUGUCGGCACCGACAGCUUGUCUGUGAUGGCUUUUGAACCAGUGGUUUGGCUUGACUUGGUUGAACAGCUGCUGAGUUGCUUCUGUCAUGUGGGUGGAUUGCCACAAGUCCUGUGUGACUCCUUGUUGAAACAAAGGCAAGGGGUACUGCAGGUGCGGCUUGCUGUUGUUCUGUUAAGACUGAAGGGAUGGUGACCACAAACCCUCGUGGAGUUAGAGGCCAUGCCGUAGCACUUUUGAGUUUGAAGGCACCAGUUCAUCGGUAUGGUCAUAAGCUGAUGCUCACAAGCUUUGAUAGGAGGUAACGGAAAGGGUUUCUUCUGUUUGUCCACAUGUGAAAUGGGGGGCUGGGGUGGGGCAUGGUUGGUGGGGGACUAGAUUUUCCUCCAUUUGUUUGUUAAUCAUUUUGCAUUCUUUGACUUUUAGUCAAAAGGCAAAAGGGCUGUAGGCUGUCUCAGGAUAGGAUUGUGGCUUAUGCCAAGCUUGAGUUGUUUAUGAACUGAUGUUUUGUAGCAUCUUCCCUGUGGGCUAAGUGGGGUUUUUUUGUUGCAAGGGUGUGGAAUGCCAGGUUGCCAUGGGGAGGGAUACAGGAAGAGCUGUUACCUGUUGGCACUUUCCUUGGGUGUUGUACAACAGGGCAAAAGUUACUUGAAGCUCUUGUCGUCUCAAACGCCUGUAGUUACUGCUGGUAAAGCAGAUGGGAAUUUGCUGUCCUGGGGCUAAAAGCCAAAGCCCAUCUUAGCUUCUUUUAGGUCAUUUGGGGUCCUUUGAGCAGUGUUUGGUGUGAUGCGAAGCCUUGUUGGCUUUGGAUCCCAACUACUUCCAAACUGAAGUCUUCUGAACUUCCUUAGACUCAGCCAGAGCGGAGUGCCAAACAGAGACAAGAUAAAUCCUUUGUGUGGAAAUUGCUGGACCUUUUCAUGAUGCAAAGUGUGCAAGCCAAGCAGUCAGUCUUGGGUCCCAGGCCAGAAACAGACACAGGUAUUUAAAAGGACUUUGAGAACUUGUGCUGCUUAUUCUGGGGGGUGGCAUAUCCAGGGCAGUAUUGUCUAGAGAAUAUUGUUUGGCCCAGCCCUAAGUCCUGGUGGCCAGUGCAGAGUCCAAGGGGAUGUUGCCUGAACAUGCUGCCUCUCAUUGAUCAUGUUUGUUUAGAGUUGCCAAUGUUCGAGGCAGCCACAGAUAUUACAAGGUCAAGUGGGUGGAGCAGAGGGACCCUCCCUUGGGGAAAUUUUCUGCUGCAGAUCUAGGGGUAGCUCAGAAAUCGCCCUCGAGGUUUACAUCGUCCAUUUUCAAUGAAGCCCAUCAGAGUGAAUCAUCGGGCACAGAUUUCAAGACUCCUUUCUCUUCUGGGGUGAGUGAAGAAAGCAAACACAGGAAGAGAAAUACAAUAGCAAGUCAUACAAGAAGCCAAUUGCUAGAACCUUUUCCACCCACCAUAAGCCAAAAAGCUUGCCCCUUGCCUGGAGAUCCAGGGAAGAAGCGUUGCAAAUUCCUGCAAAAUCUGCCUUGUGUCCAGGCACCUGCGCACCAAAGUUUCCCACAGUCUUCUCUGUUCCUGCAGUCUCUUCAGAACCUGGAAAAAUGAUUGGUGAGGAUGAAGCACCCAAACAGCACGGGAGGCUGGAAUGAGGAGUGGCCGGGGGUGAAAGGUUGCCCUGCCCUCAAUGGAGCUGUGCUUGCAGAGGGAGGGAGGGAGGGGGAAGUCUCCCCUCCUGGUUGGUCCUCUCCCAACUCCCCCCACCUACAUGGCUGUGUUCUUCUGUGUGGGUCCUGAAAUCCAAGGAAUGGUCUUUUCAGCUACUGGAAUAGAGCGGAACAGAGGGAAAUUCUGUGUUCUGUGCACGGGUGGCUGGACACAGGCCUUUGUCUUCUUAGCCAAAUGCAGAACAGACAUGGAUAACGUAUGUUUGUGGCUGUCCCCCAGCAGUCAGAUGGGACAGGAGUUAAAUCCAAAAGUUCACUUCUGCAGUUUAAUACCCUUCUUGUGCAUACCCAUUUGGUAUGCACAAGAAAUCAAAGUGCUGUACUUCAUGACAAAUUUCAGUUGUCUCUCCAGCAUUAAUUUUGUUUUGCAUUGACAUUAAAGGUAGCGAGUGAGCUCUGAAGCUCUUACAUUUCCACCAGGGCCUAAGUCCACUACAUGGGGGUGUUCUGUCCUGUGCCUGGGCGACUGGCUUCAGGCAAGUGUUUUGUGUUAAAUUGGCUUUUAUCUGUGAAAGCAACUCAAGGAAGAGUCUCUUCAACAAUGUGUUUCUGGAAAGCCUUUUGCUGCCCUUGCUUAAAAGUUCUUAAUGGGUUUCAGAGUCUUUUCCUGAGCUAUACUCAGCAUAUUUCAUCUGGAACUUGAAAAUCCUUGCAGAUGUAUUUUCCUUCUGGUUGAAGAUUCCUUGUUUCUGGGCGACUUCUCUGUGUAGCUGCUGAACAAGAAGUCCAGGACACAAGGGACUCUCUCACGUGCUCCUCCCUGCCCCUGGCCGCCUUAAUUUGAGGAGUGGGGGUUAACUGCACAUAGAGACUUUGUGCCUGGCAUGUUCAAGUACUGUAAGACAUUUUUUUUCAGGGUUAGAGAUUCUUACAGCAUUAAAUGUAUUUAGUGUUUAUUUUUUGCCCCCCCCCUUGUAAGCCCAAAGGCUCUAUAUAAGAUUGCCCCUGUACUUCAUUUCUUCAGAGGAUGUCAUUGAUAGAAUUUCUCAGUUUUAUCUCCUGACCCUUUUUUCCAUGCAGGGUAUGAAAAGGAAGGUGUAGCCUUCUUGCCAUUCCCCUCCCCGCAAAAGCCAGUCCAUUGUAUGAAGUCCGAGUCAAGAUCUGAAUACUGGCAAAAAACUCGGGGUCCAGGAAGCAGGACCCACGUUCUGCCCUUUGUUGGCCUGCUGGCCAUCUGUCCAAUGAUGGUGGUUCUGCAACCUUUCUCUUUGGGAACGCAGAAUGCCACUGGCCAGCUAGGUGUGUCUUGUGCUGUUUCUGCCAGACUUGCUGCAGGCAAGCUUGCGUUUCCAGCUCCCUGUGUUCCCAGUAGGGAGGAAUAGCGAGCCGCUGGCGGAGUGGUGGCUUCCCUCACUAAUGUCUCCAGUUUAUUGAUUGCAGGCUCCCUCCAUCAUUCUUUUCUGUGCACAUCAGGAGCCAUAAUUAUGGCUGUGCUUGCUUGCUGGGUGGAAUUCUAAACCCACCGCAUUGUGCGCUCCCCAGAGCACUGACUGUCUGCCAGACAGUGCAGACCUAAGGGAUGCAGAGUGCCAUGUCCUUUGUCAAUCCACAUUUAGACUGAGCGUGAAGUCUCUCCCGUUCAAGAAUCCAGUUUUCCUCUGCCUCGGUGCUUGUCGCGUACGCAUUGUUGCUGUUAAUAAGUAGUCCAGAAAUUCUCCUCUGGAGGCCAGGCCCAUUUAAUUUUAAUAAUACAGUGGGCAACGUUUUAUCCUUCAAUACUGACAGACUUGGCUAAUAUAACAAGCAUUCCUGUUGUCAUAUUUCUCCCCUUGUGAUAGUUGUUCCCUGGAAGUUCUUUAAGAAUUGAUGGCAUGGGCCAAUUUUUCUUAACUUUUUGUGCGAAGGACAGUUUUAUUGGAUUUCCUCCCUCCCUGUUCAAAUGAUGACAAAUCCUUGCUUCAUGUGUCUCAGGUCUACAUUGUAACCCCCGCCCUUUGUUUUGUAAGCAAAACUUUUUUAAGCCAAUGGAAGGCUCUAGCCUUCAGCAUGCCAAUUCAGUUUUUUUUUCCAAUCCAAAAAGACGCAGAAGCAGCUGCCAGUUUGCUUGGGCUGAUGCAUGAAAAAGUAGCUGCUUCAUUUUUCUCCAGGCAGUGGUGGUUUGUCUGUCUAUCUUUUUAAAUCCGAGUGCCUUCCAAAUACUUUACAAAUACUGUGUAUUUAAGCGAUACUCUGUUUGUGUUAGUACUAGGGUGCUUAUAGUGUCAAUACAAGCCCGUAUACUAACUGUAUAUAUCAUACUUAGCUUAUCCUGUCCUUUGGAAUGGCUAACUGGAGUCCCUUUGACUAUUUCAAAAACUGUCUGUAAUGUUUUUUUAAAAAUCUCCAUUUUUUAAAAAACUGCACCCUCUUCCCAGACGUCGCACAACUGUUGGCUUAAUCUAUGCAGUGAUAGAGGCAGGUGGGGAAUAACAAUGCUUGUCGAAGACCUUUGUACUCCCACCUGGUGGGAAUGGCACCCUGGGCUCCAUGCCAAGGUACUUCCCAGUCUCAAAUCUGAAAAUGCACAAAGAGGCACCUUAAUUCCAGCCCAUGUCUAUCCCAGAUGCUUUUAUAACUAGCCUCGUUUUGCUUCACGUUUCUUCUUCCGUUUACUGUUCAAAUAGCCUCGUGUUUGGGUUGAAGGUAAAGAUGGCCUGUUCCCACCCAAGCAUCCCAAGGCAAACCCUUCUCUAAACUGUGGGCUGGUGCCCGACACUGACAAGCCCAUGCCACCCUUUACUUAGUGCAGCGUGGCACCAGACUUCAGAGCCAUAUAUGCUGCUACCACACGUAGGAAACAUGCGUGAGACAAACAAGCAAGUGCAGGAAUUAGGGGGGAAGGCAGGAGAGAAAUCUUGAUCCGGGAUUACUGAGGUCAAACAUAUUGUGUAUGCUUGCAUCAGCAUGGCUGUCGCAUUACAUCAUAAGCCACAUGGUGGUAGGUGGAUGGAUAGGUUGCAGAGGCUGGUGCUGUGCCCCAGUGCAUGCGGGUUAUUACCAAGCCCACCAGCAUAUGACCUGGCACUACCAGUGCCUGAGCAGUUGGGCACAACUGGUGGAAGUCCACUUGACUGUAUUACUGACAACUAUGUUUUUGGUACAUCAUUGUUUUUCUCAAUAUUGGUUUUUUUAUAUUUAAAUAUGCAGUAUUUUUUUGUACUGUACCUUCACAGUAGGGGAUGCAUAAUGCACUUUUUAAAAACGUUUUGUUUGGUUAAAUGUACUGUAUUAUAUGCUUCUUGCGAGGAAGAAU